AUGGGUUCUUUUGGUGAAGUGACCGAAUUUGGUCAUGGCUUCAAGUCACAAUUUCUGUUUGAUCCGAAAUAUACCAAUCUAAACCAUGGAUCAUUUGGGACUUACUCUCUUCCCGUACGAAAUGCACUGCGUGGUUAUCAGAAGCUUGCCGAAGCUGCACCAGACAAGUUCUUACGCUAUCAAUACGUUGACCUACUGGACAAGUCGAGAGAGCGCAUAGCUAGAUUGAUCAAUGCGCCGGUUGAUGAAUGUGUAUUUGUUCAGAAUGCUACGACAGGUGUCAACACUAUUUUACGCAACCUUCAAUUCAAGGAGAAAGAUUGCAUCAUUUACUUCGAUACCAUUUAUGGUGCCUGCGAGAAGACAUUGGCUUCGAUCGUCGAAACGAAUCCGCAACUUCACCUUCGGAAGGUCGGCCAUGGACAAGACUUUGGCUAUGCACUUCCCUGCACGCAUCCCGAAAUCCUCAAUUCUCUGUCACAAACCAUUUCUCGCGUUCUGUACGACGGGUAUAAUCCGAGAGUCUGCAUUUUCGACACGAUAGUGUCCCUCCCUGGAGUUCGGUUUCCCUUUGAGCGAAUAACCAAAAUGUGUAAAGAGUACGGCAUCCUCAGUCUAAUUGAUGGCGCACAUGCUGUUGGUAUGAUACCCCUAAACAUGGCUCAACUCGAUCCCGAUUUCUUCGUCAGCAAUUGUCACAAAUGGCUUUAUACGCCACGAGGAUGUGCUGUCCUGCAUGUUCCCAAACGCAAUCAACACCUCAUCAGAACGACGUUUCCCACAUCACAUGGAUAUACACCUCCAGCCGAUGCAUCGUCCAAGAUACGGAAUCCACUUCCACCAACGGAAAAGUCGCCCUUUGUAAAUUUGUUUCAGUUCGUGGCCACUGCCGACAAUGCCCCCUACUACUGCGUACCGGCGGCGAUAAACUUUCGCCAGAACCUAUGUGGUGGUGAAGAGGCUAUAUAUAAUUACAUUCGCGAUAUUGCACAACGCGGCGCCGACUUGCUUGCCAUGGUCCUAGGGACUGAAGUGAUGGAUGAUCUUGAUCAGGGUCAUGGGUUGAAGACCAUGGGCAGUUACGAAGCGAGCGAUCGCCGAGAGGGAGGACGGGUCGGCUGGUCUGGCGGUCUACGAGACUGCGCGAUGGCGAAUGUAUUGUUGCCGAUCACGAUCCAGGGAGCGACGUCUCGAGGAAGCAUCAGUAUGGGACCUGGAGGUGCGGGAAGUGCGGGGGGUUUGUCUCCGGCAUUGCGACAGGCAUCCUACGGCUUCCCAUCUGGAGGCAAUAGCGUGCAACCCCCUCGGUCGGCUGCUGUUGGUAACAUGCUCGGCGAACCCAGAACACUGUCCGUUUCGCCUCUCCACUCGCCCAGUCUACCAUCAGCAGGUCCAACCGUCGUACAAGAAGCAGACGUUGCAACACAUAAAGCAUGGAUGGAAAGAACGUUGGUCGACGAAUACAAUACGUUUGUCGCCAUCUACGAGUACGACGGAAGGCUUUGGACAAGAGUGUCUGGCCAGAUCUACCUGGAACUCAAAGAUUUCGAGUGGUUGGGGGAAGUGCUCAAAUCACUUUGCGAACGAGUCCGGUCCGGGGAAAGCAUGCGGGGCAAGGAACCCAAACCCGAGUUCAAGCUGCCAGAUCUGGAGACGUGGACGCUCAAAUCACCCAAGCCUCCGUCGAGGUCAAGCACAGUGGGGACGCCAGUGAAGAGAUUCGACAUUACUCAGGGAGGGUGGGUUGAAGAGUGA